ACACGUGUGGCAAGGAGGCGGAGCUUCUGAGUACGAGACUAGACGAGGUCGACUCGGGACGCAUCUUGGGGUCGAAGCUGUGAGAAAAGAUGAGCGCUGCCGAGCUGAGCGACAUUAUACAACACUUUGAGACAGAGAGUGGUAGUGAUCUACCGACUGCAGUGAGGUACCUGACGUCUGACGUGGCCAUUGCUAGAACCAUACGCACAUGUCUCUCCCUCCAGAUACAGCCAGCAGAAUUUGACCCCUCACUAUUCCAGUGGCUCUACAGCUGUGUCCAGCAGAAGAAGAAGAGUGGAGAUCUCUAUAACUUUGUGGUCCAGUUCUCACUCGACAUUAUACUGGUCUACUUUUAUGCAGUCUAUGAAAACCAACCCGAGCUGAAGGCCAGUUCCGAGGCACUGCUGAUGGUGAUCAUUGCAGAGGCUGAGAAGGAUCCAUCUCCUCCUGUUCAGAUCCACCCCAUGUCAAAACAUCUCCCCCAGAGUGUGGUGUCCCAGCAGGCAGUCCUGACAGAGGCCAUGCUCCAGAGACACAAUGAGACAGAGUACUCUGCCCUCAGACCUUCCUUCGCUGGGAAACCCAUCACCGUCAACAACAGACUGAGUUUCCUGUCCUCCGUGGUGGCAGUGUUCAGUGACAGACUAAUGCUGUGCCCUGCUGCCUCCAAGAUUGCCUUCUGUAACGGAUGUGUCAGGUUGUCAAUGCAGGGAGCAGACAUCCUGUGUGGUCUGGAGGAGGUGGUGGGCCACUCUGUGUCUCCGGUCACAGUCAGAGAUCUUGAGGCCCUGGGGGAGGGGAGGAGGUAUAGUGUGAGUGACGAGCUCCUCUCUGCUUUCCUGCACGGAGUCCGCAUGUGUCUGUUUCACUCUUGUCAUGAGGCUGCACUGCAAGCACUCUACUGUCUCAAGGCUAGAGCAGAGUAUGAGCUGCUCCCUGGAUCAAUGCAGGUGUCUGGUGCACUGAUAAGACUGUCUCAGAAUGUCAAGCCAACUCCUCUAGACCUUGACAUGGACAAGUAUUCUACUUAUACUGACAACGGGAAGCUACAGGAUCCAACGGAACUUCACACACUGCUACAGGGACACAUCUUGAAGUUGAAACAGAGAAGGGUCCUCCGUGGCCCCCAGGACUCUUUUGCUGAUCACUCUGCUGAUUCUGUCUAG